CUACCGCCGCCGAAGGUUCCGGCUUAGUAAAGUUGACUCCACGCGCUAUCGGUGGCGCUGCACUGUGUCUAGAUGCUCGUCGCGACUCAUGACUGACAAGUUCGGUGACAAGCACGUGCUGUACAGCUUCAAGGAUCACGAUGAGAAUGAACACCGCGCUGCCGAAGAAAGGCGACACUCCGAUAAAUCUUUCAGAACUGAGGUAAUGAAAAAGGUCGGCGAAUUCCUCUACGUGCUGGAGAAGACUGUCGGAGACAUCAAGUGCUGGCGCUGCCGGUACGUCAAGUGCUCCGGACGGUGCCGCACCAGCCUCGACGGCGAGCAGCUGCUGCACGGGCCAACGACACACACGUGCCAGUCACCUGCCCGGGAAGAGCAAGCCAGGCCGCCGCAGGACCAACCUCUCUCGAGUCAAGACACGCCUGCAGAUCUAAGCCAGGGUGUGAAAGGCACCAGCACAGGUGCUAGUGAACGCCAACAGGAGCAGCACGGAGACAAUGCAGCCGAGCAUGCAGAAUAUUUGUCAUUGCAUAGCCCUGAUGUUAUCUUGUGUGAAGAGUAUUCGCCUCGCCCUCGAGCAUCAUCGGCAGCCGUUAAUGUGAGUCCCACUAAAUCGGAUGCAGAAGUAGCUGGAGUACCAGAGGAGGACGUAGGCCCAUCACAACACGUCCGGAGCCUAUUCGGCAGUCACAAACAGACCAGCGGAACAGAGAAAUCUCGGUCGGCCGCCACGUGUGUCGAGGAAGCCGACAUGGUUGAGUCAUUUCACGGUGACAGUGACGAUGACGCAUUGGACGAGGACAAUCGAUGCUCGAGAAGAGGUGACGACGAAUACAACGAGGCCGAGGGCCAGCUACGUUCGCGCAUGAGAUGCAGUGGUCAGACCAUCGGGAGUCCCGCGAAAUCCGUGCAAGCGCUGGAAAUGAUGUCCACCUCGUGCACUUGCGCCGAGCAGAAGCUCCGAGUAGCUGUUUAUGAGCAGCUUUCCACCGUGCUAAGCAUGGAGGCAAAGUUGCUGAAGGAGCAGGCGCGCAACGAGGACCGCAGAGGCAGGCUGCUCGAAAGCCAGAUGAAGGAAGGGCCCUCUGCGGCACAGUGAUUGUCCACCAGGCGGUUGGGCCGCCGCUCCAGCAACUGACACAAAGGCGUUACGAAAAAGGUCGGCGAAUUCCUCUACGUGCCGGAGAGGACUGUCGGAGACAUCAAGUGCUGGCGCUGCCGGUACAUCAGCUGCCC